AUACUCGUGAUUUGCAGACGACACGUAUGCAUCUAUUCACCCUUGCUUAAAAUUCGAUUCUCAUUCUCUGUGUAUAUCGCACUUGGUACAUGCCAUGAUCUUCAAGCCUUCCUUCGAUUCUGAGCGCAACUCCAACCUCUAGUCAACUCUUUCACUGCUACCAUGGAGUAUCGUUGUAAGGGAUUUGGAGAUGAAUUUACAGAGGUUUUCAAGAGAGAGAUGGGUUUUUCUCGGCCACGAUGCUUCCCUCGCCGAAUAUCUGCCUCUGAGGGCCUGGUGAAGAGAAUCACUCUACAUGGGAAGUUAAAUGGUCACAAGGAAUGUGUGAAUACGGUAGAAUUCAACUCUACUGGUGAUGUCCUUGUGUCAGGUUCUGAUGACAGACAAGUUAUAUUUUGGGAUUGGGCUGCUAAAAGUAAAACCUUUUCCUAUCCUUCUGGCCAUCUGGACAACAUAUUCCAGGCCAGAAUAAUGCCAUUCACUGAUGACCGGAAGAUAGUAACUUCUUCCUGUGAUGGCCAGGUGAGGCUCGGCCUGGUCUUGGAAAAUGGCCAAGUUGAUACCAGAAGAUUGGGGAAGCACCAAGGCCGUGUAUACAAGCUUGAUAUAGAGCCAGGAAGCCCCCACAUUUUCUAUAGCUGUGGUGAGGAUGGUGUUGUUCAACAUUUUGAUCUGCGAAGCAAUUCUGCUACCAAGCUUUUCCAUUGCUCCUCAUUCACCGAACUCAACCGGCAGUCUCGGAACAACAUAUCGUUGAAUGCCAUUGUGAUUGACCCAAGAAAUCCGAACUAUUUUGCUGUAGGAGGUUCUGAUGAAUAUGCACGUGUCUAUGACAUAAGAAAACACCAAUGUGAUUCAUCAAAUAACCUAGAUGGACCCGUGAACACAUUUUGCCCCCAUCACCUUGUUGGGGCUGAUGUUCACAUUACAGGAUUGGCUUACUCUAACACAAGUGAACUGCUUGUUUCUUACAACGAUGAGCUCAUCUAUCUGUUUCAGAAGAACAUGGGAAUGGGUCCGACCCCAUUGUCUGUCCCACCUGAAGAGUUGCAGAAAUUAGAAAAGCCACAAGUUUAUUUGGGGCAUAGAAAUUCACAAACAGUGAAAAGUGUGAGUUUUUUUGGCCCCACUGAUGAUUAUGUCUUGAGUGGGUCUGACUGCGGCCAUAUAUUUGUCUGGAAGAAGAAGGGAGCUAAACUUGUGCGUUUAACGGCGGGCGAUCAGCAAAUUGUAAACCAUCUUGAGCCCCAUCCUUAUAUGCCUAUUUUUGCUUCUUGUGGAAUAGAAAACAGUAUAAAGCUCUGGAUUCCUAUGGCGGAUGGCAGUCUUCCUCUGCCUGAUGAUGCAGAAAAGAUUAUGGAGUCCAAUAGGCAGGGCAGAGAGGACCAUUCACUGAUAACACUUACUCCUGAUGUUAUCAUGCAUGUUUUGCGCCUUCAGAGAAGGCAAAAUGCUGCUUAUAUUGAAAGGAGAUUUGAUAGAGCUGAUAUCGAGAAUGAUGAAGAAGAUGAAGGAGAGGCAUAUCUUUUGGGAUUUUCAGAUGGAGAAGCCUCUUCAGAAGAGGGGUUUACAGGUAAUACUACAGAGUGCAACAUUAGCUAGAGCUGUGUACAUCUAUCUGUUUAUAUAUAUUUUUUCCUUCCUACUACCAGUAAGCAAAUUUUUGUUUUAUUUUUCCUACUUCCUGAAAUACUGUGUACUAAAAAUAAUGUGCAAGACUUACAAACUCUCCUGGUGUCCUGCCUUCCCCUCUUUUCUAAGUCUUUCCAGGGCACAUGGAUGGCCUGAGUUGUUAACUAUUUUGCUAGGUUGUUGAUUAGCCUAUUGAAUCCUAUGAAUAACGAAAAUGGUGGAGUAGAUUAUAUUUUCA